GGAUCGCGCCGCGGCCGCUCCCGGGUGCUGCCGCUGCCGCCGGAGCCGCGGGCCCGCCCGGCUGUGCCGGCGCCGGGCGGGAGGAUGCGGCGCUUGGCGCGGGUGGCGCUGCUGUGCCUGGGCUGCGCCGUGUGCUCGCUGCUCUACGGCCUCAGCCAGCUGGCCCUCUCGCUGGAGCAGGAGCCCGGCGGCGGCGGCCGCGAGAGGCAGGCCCGAGAGCCCGCCACGCCCGGCGCCCGGCGGCAGGCGGAGAGCGCGGGCCGAGGCGAGGCGGGGAGCGGCAGGUGUAAGAAUUUGUCUGUAUCUUUCUGGAAUUCCUAUUGGAUGCUGCCCUCUGAUGUUUGUGGAAUGAACUGCUUUUGGGAAGCUGCUUUUAGAUAUGAUUAUAUGAAAACACAUCCUUCUGAGAAAAUGCAUCUAGCAGUGGUGGCCUGUGGUGAAAGACUGGAGGAGACUGUUACUAUGUUGAGAUCAGCCAUUAUUUUCAGCAUCAAACCUCUCCAUUUUCAUAUUUUUGCUGAGGACCAGUUGCAUGAGAGUUUCAAAGACAUACUUGAAGAAUUCCCCUAUGAAGGAAAAGUUAAUUACACAUUAUAUCCAAUAACAUUUCCAUCUGAGAGUGCAGCAGAAUGGAAGAAAUUGUUUAAACCAUGUGCUUCACAAAGACUAUUUUUGCCAUUAAUCCUCAAAAAUGUGGAUUCGCUACUGUAUGUUGAUACUGACAUCUUGUUUUUGAGGCCUGUUGAUGAUAUUUGGUCUUUUCUGGGAAAGUUCAACUCCACACAAAUUGCUGCAAUGGCACCAGAGCAUGAAGAGCCUCGUAUUGGGUGGUAUAAUCGAUUUGCUAGACAUCCCUAUUAUGGAGUAACUGGAAUUAAUUCUGGAGUCAUGCUCAUGAAUAUGACACGUAUCAGAAGAAAAUAUUUCAAGAAUGAUAUGACACCAGUCCGGUUACAGUGGGGAGAAAUUCUGAUGCCACUACUGAAGAAAUACAAGCUGAACAUAACAUGGGGUGAUCAGGAUCUAUUGAACAUUAUGUUUUUUCACAAUCCAGAAAGUCUUUAUGUCUUUCCUUGCCAAUGGAAUUACCGGCCUGACCACUGCAUCUAUGGAAGCAAUUGUAAGGCAGCUGAAGAAGAGGGUAUAUUCAUUCUUCAUGGAAAUAGAGGUGUUUACCACGAUGAUAAACAACCAACUUUUAGGGCUGUCUAUGAAGCAAUAAGAAAUUAUUCAUUUGGAGAUGACCUGGUUCACUCACUGCUGCAGCCCCUGGAACAGGAGUUACAGAAAACCACGCACACAUACUGUGGAAGAGUAUACAAAGUAUUCAUAAAGCAGCUAACAAAAAGCAUAAGAGACUUGUAUGCCAGAAGAUCAAAGGGAAGGUGAUUUUUGACUCCUAGCUAUUACAUCAAGAGACUGAAUUAACAUAGCUGGUCAAAAGGUGCAAGAAUUCUAUUACAGCUUGAAUGGGCUCUUGAUGUGCCCAGAAAAAAAGUUUACUAGCAUACAUAAAAAUGAAGAAAAUAUUCAUGUAAUGAAGAGCAAGAACUUUUUUCUGCAACGGUGACUUUCUGGUUUUUUUGAAGUUUAAUCAGUGCUAAUGUUUGUCUCAUAUCUGAUGAUUUGGGUGUUACUGGCUUCUAUGGUCAGUAAUUUUAGUCUGCAUAAUUCAGUUAUCUAAUGAUAAAUGAACAAGGAAGAAAUGAAGAUGGCUCUGUUUGGGAGUGUACCUCAUAUAUUGUCUAAAAUUCUAUUAAACUGUGAAUGUAGCAAUAACUGAGUCAGCAGCACUAACCUCACUUUAAAGGUGUGAGCCUUUAUGUAAACAAAGUUGUUUACAAGUGCAGAAAAUACUCUCUUGUCAAAGAAAUGUGUUGUAAUCAUUGACAAUCUGUAUGUGCCUUUAUAUGUUCAUCUCUUACAUGUUGAAGUACUGUUCUGACAAUCUUGUUUCGUUUAUCUCAGAUGUAAACUGCACACUAUAAAUAUGAUUUUCUGAGAAAUUAAUGACUAGUAUGUGAUACUAGUUUUCUCUCUAGUAAAUACAGAGACUUUAUAUUAAAAAUAAUUUGUUUCAACAUUGUAGAGCCAUUAGCACCAAAAGGUAGAGCAGAACUGAGGGGGUUUUAAGUAAAAAUCCAGUUUGAAGUUGCUUGUCUUACAAUACUUUAAAAAAUGUCAUGGUUUUGCAGCUUUAUUGGGCAUUUUGGAAGUAGAAGAAAAGCCCAGUAGUGGAAAGCUGUUGCUGUUGUAUUUCCAUGCUAGGAAUUAUUACCUGAUGAUUGUUAUGGAGUAUGUAGUACCUAAAAGUGAAGAACUGUAGUAAGAGUUCUGAUGUUUCAUCAGACUGUCUAGUAACUGGGGUUUUUUAGAGAAUAUAUCCUGUUAUAAUAUUUUUUUAAUAAAUGGCUUUAAAAUAGUUUUGGGGCAGACCCUCAACUACAUGAAUGCAUUACUGUUGAUAAGGUGAUAGUGAUUUGCAACAGGAAAGGAUUAAAUUUCCUCCAAUUAUCUUAGUGAAAAAACAAAAACUUCUGUUUAAGUAAUAAAAACUUUUUCUCCAGAGAAAACCAUGAAGAAAAGGGCUAAAUUCUAGAGUUACAGUAAAAUAUUUAAACUUGCAUGGUAUGAAAUGUAUUUGUAAAGUAUAUAUGAGCUUAGAUAACCUGUCUAAGUGAGAUGAAGUCUUCAUAAAGUGAGCUUUUGGAUUCCAGGACAGUUCCUGUGUGUUGAACAUGGAGGAUCCACUCACUGAUUUGCACCUUCAUCCCAACCCCAUUUUAGAAGCUUAAUUUUUGUAGCUGUUUCCUUGUCAAAGAUAGACUGGCUCUGACUUCCAGAUCCAUGUGAGCUGGACAAUUGCUUUAGCAGUACAAGAACACACUCCACUGUCAGCAGAGUUUGUAUCCUGCUUCUAAUUUCCCUGCAGGCUCAGGGUAUCAGUUUUUGGGAUGGAAUCUAGGAAGCAGUCUGCCUCUCGUGUAGGUCUCUUCUCCUUGCUGUGUAACCUUUUGAAGCCUGAAAAUGUAGAAAUCUCUGUGAAGGUGAAUACUGUAACUGACUGAUUUUACAAUAUGCAGUGCAUUAUUUUUUUACAUAAAUACUGAUUUUUGUAUCAAUUUGUCUUCAGCUUUUCUUUUUACUUGUACUAUGUGUUUGUAUUUAAAAAAAUCUUUCAACUUGUUUUUUGUGUUUGUCUUUGCAGAAUCUUUCAGUUUUGAAUUUUUUUUGAUGUGUUGUACACAUGUCAAGAUACUCUUAAAACCUAAUGGACCAUUUAAGUAAAAAAGGGGAAUGUGGACCUUAGCAGCAAUCUUUCCACUUAAAUUUCAAAUUUUAUGGGGGAGUAGAACAAAAAGAAUUAAUAUUGAUGCUUAUUGUAGCACAAAAAUUCUUACUUUGCGCUUAUAACUAGAAAUGUUUACUUACCAUAUUACAAAAAGCAGAAUAUGGCCUUAUGCCAUGGGUUUUGAUUAAUUUUUUAAAUAGAAAUGAAAGCAGCUCAUCUCUGUUCACCUCCAGGUAACACUCAUGAACACUUUAGAAAAGUUUAAAAAAUAGCAAGAAGCUUCCAUUAAGUAAUUCUGCAGAGUAUUUGUCUGCUUCAAGUACAUUUUGUGUUUUAAAUUUAGGAAAACGACCUCCCUUUAUGAACAAAAACCCAAAUCUGGCUUAUAAGGGAGACAUUUAGAGGCACUAAAAAGACUGGGAAUCCAGAUAACGUGAUAGAAACAGUUAUGCUCCCAAACAUUUCAGUACCUGAUUUGUAAGGUUAGAUGCUUAGAAGUGUAGAGGUUACAUCUACCUUGGGAUUCUUAUCUCUCUAGUUUUACAAACAUUGCUUUUUCUACAAACAUCGUGAGUACUAACAAAUUACAGACCUUUAGGAAUCAAAAUUUUAAUUAUUUAUUUGCUAUAAAGUUAUUAUAAAGUGUAAAGUUUAAUAGAAAAAUAUAAACAUUGGGAAAUAUACAUUCAGUUUAACUGACCAUAAAUCUAUCUUCCUCAUGCUUGAUUAGUCUCUAUAUCAUGGUACCAUUAUUCUGUCUCUUCUAAAGGGAUCACAGUCUCAUGGUAAAGAGAUCUGUGUGAAGAUGUUAAUAUCUUAUCUGGAUGAACUUCUGUCACUCACUGUAGGCAGAAUGAAAAGCAAGCUGUCCCUUCAUGGGACUGAAUGUCCUCGUGUGUGGUGCUUGUGCCUCUGCCAGUUACUAAGGCUGCACAAGCCUUAUGAAAAUGUCUGUCCAGUUAUUUGUAGUUUUGCUGAAAUUUAGACUGUGGUGACCUUUAAUGCCAGUUGAAUUGGUUUUGGUAAGCUUUUGGUUUAAGCUUAGAAUGAUUAAGAAAACAGGUUUGGGGGGGAAAAUAUUUUUGUUAUUCUUAUUUUAAACAUAUUUUAAAAGAGUAUGGAGUUACCUUGUGCUGGCUUUGACCUAAAUUUGGUCAAGUUGUAAACUUCUGGCAAAAUGCUGAUUGGAAGACUGAGCUGUCAGUGUAUUUCUUGAUUUAUACCAGAUUUCUGUCCAUACCAGACAUACUCCAACCAUUCAGGCUUUCCGCACUUCCAUCUGUACACAUUACAUAAGAGGAUGAAUAAGAAGCCAGCUGUCUUCCUUUUCCUCCUCCCAAAUUAUACUUCCUAUCUACUCAACAUGGAAAAUGAAGUAGCUACAAUCUAAUGGUGGGAGGAGGAGAUGGUCUGGGUCUGCUUGGAAGGUGUAGAAGCAGAACAUGCAAGAGGUAUAGCUGAAGGUCUAAUGUGUUAGCUGUAUGUGCUUUUUUGGGCUUUUUUUUGGUGUGGAAAUACAAUUAAUUACUGCUGCUUUUUAACUCACAUUUAUGGCUGUCAUGAUGUUUGUGGCAGAUUAAAUGGAGUGAAACUGAGCACUAACUUCAGCUUACCUGUAGGAAAACACUAGACUUCUGGUUUCUUCUGCCUGGUUUAUGAAGGUGUCUCCAAAUGUAUAGACAUAUGUAGAACUUCUACUCCUUAGAAAGCUUAAGGUAUUUUUCAUUGUCUGUUUUCUUCUUCAAACUGAAGGAUUUUCAACUAGUAAACAGGUUUAACAAUAUCCAUUUACUGGCAGUUGUCCAAAUAGGCAGUGUGAACCCAGUGAGUAAAAAAUAACUAAACAUGAGUUUAGUUAUGCACCCUAGGUUCCCUUAGGAAAACAAAAAAUGUUUGAUCUUUUUAACACUACAGAGAAACAUUUGACAGCUUGCUUUCUGUAUUCAGCUGCCAAAUCUUAAUGCAGGAUAAUUUCCUAUAGAAAUGCAGGUUGCCUCACAGUUGCAUUGUAGUCCUAGUAGAGUAUUCAAAACUAUUACUCAGGUUUCAAAACAGAAGAUGUUUACAGAGGUAAUAGUGAAUUUUCCACUUCAGGAAGUGAGGAGGAAAUCUCAUUUUAAAGUAGUUCUCAAAAUCUCUCUCUUGUAGCCAUUUAGUGGAUCUGUACAAGAACAGCUUGUCCAGCAAAGUUGUCAUGAAAUUUAAGAUAUGUUUGUCUCCUAUGCCUUUUCAAGCCUUCAUGGACCUAUUAAAAUUUUAAGUUUCUUGAAGGAAUAUUGAGUAAUUGGAAAGUCUUGUGUUAAAAUUCAGUUGUGUCUCUUCAGUUUUGUGGUUGCUUUAUGCACAGCUGCAGUUAAUUCUUGAGAGAGUCCUCAUUUAAUCUUAUGAAUGUGCAUCUUCCUGUAUAUUUGCUUGCAAAUUUUUGCAGGGCUUCUUUAUGCUCCCUUCUGCCUUUUCCCUGCACUGCUUUUAAAAGAUAAUCACUAAGCUCUUCUUUCAUUUGAAUGCUUAUAAAAAUUGCAGGAGGUAUUAUUACAGGUCUCUUUGCAGAACCCUGCAAUUAAAGGAGGACCUGUAUCCCUGCUAUGGUUGGAGUUUAUUUUUUCUUCAGACUGCUAUUUGAUGAUGUUCAGGUAGGAGGAAGUUUGCAACCAUUAGUAAAGUAAUUUUCUGGUAGUUUCUUUCUGAAUAUCUGUUCUUUUAUUGUAGGUGCAUGGGUGGUGCCUGCCUCCUUUACCCAUAUGAUUGCAAGUUUCUUUAAUCAAAGCAAUGACCAUCAGUUCUGUUAGAUCUGGAUUUCAAGUGCUUCUCCUGUAUCUGGGUGCCACCUCAGUUGCGCAAACCAGGGACCCAGUCUAUUUCCACUUACAGAUCAUACAAUCAUAGAAUGGUUUGGGUUGGAAGGGACCUUAAAGCUGAUCUAGUUCCAACCCCUUCUCCUGGUCAGGGACACCUCCCACUAGACCAAGGAGCUUGUUCAAAGCCCUAUCCAACCUGGCCUUCAACAUUUCCAGGGAUGGGGCAUCUACAACUGCUCUGGGCAACCUGUUCCAGCAUCUCACAAUCUUCACAAUAAAGAAUUCUUUCCCUGAUACCUCAUCUAAACCUUCCCUCUUCCAGUUUAAAGCCAUUCCCUUAUCCUGCCACUAAAGCCUUUUUACAAAGUCCCUCUCCAGCUCUCUUGCAGGCCCCCUUCAGGUACCAGAAGGUUGCUCUAAGGUGUCCAUCUGUUACUUAAUUUCCUUGUUUUAGUUCCAGCUAAUCCAUAGGAAUAAAAUAGAGAGAUAACAAGGAGUGCACAAUUUUUCACAGCAGGAGCUAGAUAACUACAGAUUUCUGAGAUACAGUUAACAAAUUUGAAAUAGUUCUCUAUCCUUGAAUCUAAUUUCUGAUUUGGUGCAUGUAAGGGCUAGUGUCCUUUGUUUGUCAAAUGAUUUGACUUUUCUCUGUGUCGGCCCCUUAUGUGGAGGGAUGGGCAGAUAAUUCUUAAAAGACUGAUUCCUUGUUUACUGUGAAUUUCAAGGAAAAGAACUGUAACUUGUCACUGUAGAUCCUUAGUAUCACUCUAUCUAAACUCUCUGAAACUAGGCAUAACUUCCCCCUUGCUGCUGUAUUGUUGUACUGGUUUUAUUUGUAUGUUAGAAGCCUUUAAACAUAUAAUAUAAC